UUCUCCCUAAGUUCUUUGUUUCUGUACUCAUGACUAACCCCCAAAUUAGGGUUUUUACCAUCAAUCUUGAAUUAGGUUUUUUGAGUGUUAAUAGAUGAUCAUGCAGCAAACUACAACAAUGUUAAAGUUCACUCCAACGUUUCACCAUCCUUCUGGUAGUAGUAUGAUCAAGAAACCCCAAAUUCACUACACCAAUUUUCCCAACAUACACAAGAUCACCAGCAACAAACCCUUCCAAAUUACUAAUUUUCCCAACACAAAGAAAAUCACCAACAGAAAGCCCUUCCACAUUUCAUCCUGCAGUAAGAAAGAUAAUGCAGAAGCAAAUUCGGUGUCGAAGGAUGCGCCAAAGAGCUCUACAUUAACCAGUGAGAAGAAGUUGCAGUUCCAUGUUUCUUCUGCUUUUGACCCAAUUCUCUCAUCUGUCAAACAGGUGUGUUUUCAUCCGUCACUAAAUUGGCUUCACCUUAUAGAUUUGUUGUAGAGAAUGAUUUGAUAUUGUUUAAGUACAAUGAUGAGAAGGAGAUAGUCGGGGUGGUUCAGCAUAUUGUGGAGCAUCAUCAUGAGAACUUAAUGGAAACUACUGUACUAUGUGAACUUGGUUUAUUAGAGAAUUUUAAAAUCAGUGUUUAUGACAUUAUCAAUCAGACCUUACUCAAUGAGGAGGAGAACGAAAAAAUGUGGAGGAUUUGUACCGUAGUGGAGUGCAAGGACAGGGAUUGGAAGAAGAUGGUGGGGGAGAUAGAAGAUAUUCUAAACACUCACGAUGAUGUGAAAUGCAAUUCUACGUAUAACUUUGCUUUUGUGAAUUCAUUUGAACCUGAGAUGAAGAUUGUAGUGAGCGGUUUUGUUACAGUCUCCAAAUUAAGGACACCUCGCUUCGAGGACUACAUGGAAGUAAGGAGGAAAGUUCUGUCGGAGAUUGAUGAAAUCCGAAUCAAACAUGGAGGAAGUAAGGAGGAAAGUGCUCUUGGUGAUCGGGUAAAAUUAAUCCGUAGAGAUUAAAUAUAGUGAAUGUGUCAAUAGCUGAUGAAUGUUGUGUCUAUGGUUCUUACAAUACGUAGUAGCAGGUUAUCUUUACUUUUUGGUUUUUCUUCGUAGAUGAUAGUUGCAUCUUUUGGGCUACUGCAAUAUAAACUUAGGAAAUGAAACUCGAGUUUUCUAUCA